CUGAGCUGCUGCGAACUGACUGCGAUUGCUGAUGAUUUUUUCGUGUCAGCAGAGCGCAAUACAAAAAAAAGGUAUUUACGAUCAGUUGUAUUGCGGGUCUCUGCCAGUAUUUUGGUGACGCUCUUGCCUGUCCACUCGCUUCCGGAUUUCUGGCUUCAAUGGAUGUGUCGUGUUCUUUUGCGACCGCCCACUUCAACUUGAUUGUUGACGACCAAGACGCCCGCUGAGACGGCCAGCCUCAACACCCAAAUACUCCACCAUGGCGACCGUUACGCGGUUCGGAUUCUUGGCGAUUGCCAUGGUCUUCCACCUGGUGUAUCUAUAUUCCAUUUUUGACAUUUAUUUCGUCAGCCCCAUUGUGUCGGGCAUGCAAUUGUUCCAUGUCGACCGGCCACAAGGAACCAAAGCCCCGGCCGAACGUCUAGUGCUUUUUGUUGGUGAUGGGUUACGCGCCGACAAGGCCUUCCAGUCCUUCCCCGACCCCAACCCACAGUCCGACAACGAUCUGACACCGCGGCCUCUUGCGCCGUUCCUGCGCUCGCGCGUCCUGGAGCAUGGCACUUUUGGCGUCUCGCAUACAAGAGUUCCGACGGAAUCGCGGCCGGGGCAUGUUGCGCUCAUUGCUGGACUUUACGAGGACGUAUCGGCCGUUGCGACGGGAUGGAAGCUGAAUCCAGUCAACUUCGACAGUGUCUUCAAUCGGAGUAGGCACACAUGGAGCUGGGGAAGCCCUGAUAUUUUGCCCAUGUUCGAGAAGGGCGCCACCCCUGGGACCAUUGACGCUUAUUGCUACGAUGCCGAAUUCGAGGAUUUCUCGCAGGACGCAUUGCACUUGGAUCUGUGGGUCUUCGACCAUGUCAAGGAGUUCUUCGCGGAAGCAGGCAAGAGCAAGACGCUGGGUGACGCGUUGAGGCAGGACAAAAUUGUCUUGUUCCUACACUUGCUGGGGCUGGACACCACUGGCCACUCGUACCGACCAUACUCGAAAGAGUAUUUGAAUAACAUCAAGGUGGUCGACGAAGGGGUUAAGGAAAUAUCCGAGCUGAUAAACAAAUUUUACGGAGACGACAGAACGGCCUUCGUGUUCACUGCUGAUCAUGGAAUGAGCGACUGGGGUAGUCAUGGAGAUGGCCAUCCGGACAACACCAGAACUCCUUUAAUUGCCUGGGGUUCCGGUAUUGCGAAACCGACCAAAUUCCCAGGAUCCGUUGCCCCUGGACAUAACGAGUACUCGUCCGACUGGAAUCUGGACGAGAUCAAACGGCAUGACGUGUCACAGGCCGAUGUUGCUGCAUUAAUGGCCUACCUGCUUGGGGUUGAACUCCCAGCCAAUUCUGUGGGCGAACUUCCCUUGUCAUAUCUCUCUGCGAAUACCAAGGAAAAGGCCGAAGCAUCCUUGGUUAAUGCUAAGCAGAUAUUAGAGAUGUACCGAGUUAAGGAAAGCAUAAAGCAGUCCACUCAGCUCAGGUACCAACCGUACAAGCCGUUGAGUGUAGGAAACUCGACCCCUGAGGAGCGAGUGGAAGCUAUUCAGCAAUUGAUUGCAACAGGAAGGCCCGAGGAGGCCAUCGAGGAAACUGCUGCCCUUAUUAAGCUAGGUUUGGAGGGGUUGAGAUACCUCCAGACUUAUGACUGGCUCUUCUUGAGAGCGCUCAUCACCAUUGGGUACCUUGGCUGGAUCGCAUUCGCACUUACUACGGUGAUAGAUCUCCAUGUGUUACAGGGAACUACGCAACCUGCAAGGACCGUACCAGGUGCUCUCUUUUUCUCGUCCGUCUUGGUCGUUUUGUAUGCCUCCUUCGUGGCAUCACACUCCCCUGCUACCUACUACGCCUACGCGUUCUUCCCUGUAUUUUUCUGGGAGGAAGUCUAUGCAAGGCGUGUGAGCCUCUCAAAAGGAUGGCAAGCAUUGUUCGGGCAUGUUAAGGCCGGCCCAAAGAUCUUGUCACUUGUUGUCAACGCUAUCACCUACCUGGGAAUUGUGGAAUCCCUAGCGCUUGGUUAUAUCCAUCGUGAAAUCCUUACGGUUCUGUUCUAUGUUGGCGCCUUGUACCCCGUGGUCCUUGGCUUGAAAUUUCUCCAGAGGCAUGCCGUUCUCUCUGCCACUUGGUUCGUGUCAUGUAUUGUCACGGGCUCAUUCACACUUCUGCCGGCCAUGAAGGUGGAAAACAUAAAUCUAAUUAUACUUGGCGGUUUCCUCAUGGUAGCAGUUGGCAUCUUCUAUCUUGUGUUUGAGGAGAAGCUUCUUGCCGAUUCGUCGAAAAUUGGGUCAAUUCCAAUCAAGGAGAGCAACCUCUCAAGGGCCUUGAUUGGUGUUCAGACCGGGCUCACUCUCCUGGCUACAUUCGUGACUCGAUCCAGCGCCCUCUCACUGCAGGCUAAGUCGGGCUUGCCGCAAGGUAACCAAGUCGUUGGGUGGCUAGUGUUGGUUAUCUCAUUGCUCAUGCCACUGGCUCACCGACUGCAUACCAACAGUCAUUACCUUCACCGGCUAAUGGUGAUAUUCUUGACUUUUGCGCCAACCUUUGUGAUACUUACGAUAUCAUACGAAGGACUAUUCUACUUUGCCUACUGUGUUACUUUACUUGCUUGGGUGCGCCUGGAACAUUACAGUCAACUCUUUCGCAAGGCGAACUCCCAAACCCAGGAGACGAAUGGCUCAGCCAAGACAACUCUGGCAAAAGUUACUUCGCAUUUCCGACCCUUGGCACUCUCAGACGCUCGAGUAGCCUUGUUCUUCUUUGUUUUGCUCCAGUCAGCCUUUUUCAGCACGGGGAAUGUCGCGUCCAUCUCGUCGUUCAGUUUGGAGAGCGUAAAUCGGCUGAUACCUGUCUUCGACCCAUUCUCACAAGGAGCGCUUCUCAUUCUGAAGCUGAUGAUCCCGUUUGCUCUACUAUCAGCGAACCUUGGCAUUCUGAACAAACGGUUAGGAGUCGCGCCCUCAGCACUAUUUAUGGUGGCCAUGGCUCUGAGCGACGUCUUAACACUUUACUUCUUCUGGGUUGUCAAGGACGAAGGCUCCUGGCUGGAAAUCGGGUCGACGAUCAGCCAUUUCGCCAUAGCCAGUCUGCUAUGCGUGUUUGUGGCGGCUUUGGAAGGCGUGAGUGUGGUUUUCAUCUCUGGCAUCGAAGUGAAUAGCUCCGACAAGCCCGAGGUCAAGACGAAUGGAGCAGCAAUGGAUACUGUGGCGGAACUCGUGGUGGGCGAGGUCAAAGAGCAAGAACAAGGAGAAGAAGAAGCGAAAGCAGUUGCUACACAUUAGACGUCAAAAACAGCAAUAUAGUUAGUUCAAAGUACUUACUUAGCAGUAAUAGAAAUAGCAUUUGAAC